UAAGGAAGCGCUAUGAAAUAUCAAUUACACAGACAACAGCAGAAACGGUAAACAAAACUGGACAACUCCGUUGUGUCUUUGUUUUUGUGUCACGGUGCAAUCUGCAGUGAGUAUUCUUAUCUGCAUACCUGCUGGUGUUAAAAGGGUAGCUUUUAUCUUUUUUUUCUGUGUUUAUAUAAGUGUGUGUGUGUCAGCCUUGGCCCCACUAUGGUACAGUGGAAGCUCUGGACACUAGAGCACCUGAUGAAUUCAGGGUUUGGCCGUCCUUUUCCACGACAUGGCCUUCAGCUCCUGUUUUGGUUUGCCAACCACUGUGUGAUCUGUGAACUCAUUAACUAUGUGGUCAUCAUGAAGCUGGUGUCAGAUUGUCAUCCAGAGAGAGGUUUCUAUGGCUUCCACCUGUUUAGUAAUAUUGAGGAACUUCUGCCUGUACUGGACAAGCCCAGGAAGCGCAAGAGUAAUAGACAGGUUGCUUACUUUGAAGUUGGCAACCUGAACACAGAAAUCUAUCCAGCUUCUGCAAACCUCCCGGCCUAUGUGAGGGAAAAUUAUGGGUUGGAUGGUAACCGUGGUAAUUACAAUAUAGACCGCAUCAUCAUCAGUUACCAGGUGAGAACCAGGGUGGUGGAGACGGUGUAUGUCACCGAGCAUGACAGAGUUUCCUUUGGGAGGUUCAGUCCUGACAGGACUUAUGAAAUCAGCUCUGAACUGAUUCGAGCCCUGCAGAACCCGCAGCUAGAUCUCACCACCUUUCUCACCCAUACUGGCUACUAUGGAGAUAUACAGGUGGUUGAGGCUAACGACAUAGAAGAGAUAUACUACCCAGAACCUUCAGCCCAGCAAAUGUUCAACAUAGUGCAGACCUACAGUGGAUCUACAGCAAGAACAGAGCAAAGUGAUGACUUACGAUUCUUCUCAGAAGCCUUCAACCAGCAACCAGAUGUCAACAUAGAGCCCUUCAGCUAUGACCAGCAAGUGCACUACAUCAUCAACGUAACCUCACACAACAGCGGACUUGUGGCUAACAGUGAAGUGCAACGUAAAUACAGUAGGCCUAAAACCAACAAGAGACCGCAAGAUUUGAGGCAAAGUUAUUGGCCGUCCGGGUGGGAGAAGCCUUAUAAAGGUUUUGAUGAAGAAGCCAAGAAAAGGAGUGGAGGUGGUGGCUUCAGCUUCGUCAAAAUUCUCCUCAGUGCUGGAGUGCUCUACUUGGCAGCCAAAUGUUUCAGCUGGCUGAGGAACUGGUGGAAGGUAGACUUAAAUGAAAACUUCGUCAAGAUGAUACCAUGGAGGACUCCGAGUUAUCAACAUACACACAUCAUGCUGGAUUAUGUGUACUAGAAUUUUAAGAUAUAGAUUUUUGUAAUAAUAACAUAUAUUGGAAUCCUGAUAUUCUAUACAAUGAUAUACUAAAUACAUGCCGGAAGUAAUUUGUAAUGAACCUGAAAUGAUUUGGAGUGAUGAAAGUCCUGCUUGAGGUGGACUGUCAAAAUAUAAUACUGGACUUUUUCAUACUAUUUUCUAUAAUGGAAAAAAAAUACAAUGUAAUUUUAAUGUAAUGACCUUGUAAAGACCUUGACCUCUUAAGCUUAAUUUUGAGAACAUGAAACAAGUCAACCAAGACUGUCAUUAGAUUGUGAUAAUGAAUUGUGUUCGCAAACACUGACCGGAGAAAUUAAAUAAGGACAUUCUUUUUAGUCCAUUUUUAAACAAAGACGUAAUGAAAUGAUUGUCAAAUUACAUUGUCAAUGACUUUGUUGAGGACUACAAGUACCUGGGAGUACACAUGGACAAUAAACUGGACUGGGCUAAGAACACUCAAGCCCUCUAUAGGAAGGGCCAGAGCCGCCUCUAUUUUCUGAGGAGGCUGAGGUCCUUCAACAUCUGCCGGACAAUGCUGAAGAUGUUUUAUGAGUCUGUGGUGGCCAGUGCUAUCCUGUAUGCUGUUGCAUGCUGGGGCAGCAGGUUGAGGGUAGCGGACGCUAACAGACUCAACAAACUGAUCCGUAAGGCCAGUGACAUUGUGGGGGUGGAGCUGGACUCUCUGGCGGUGGUGUCAGAGAGGAGGAUGCUGGCCAAACUACAUGCCAUCUUGGACAGUGUCUCCCACACACUCCAUGACGUGCUGGUCAAACAAAGGAGUACCUUCAGCAGAAGACUCAUCCCCCCACAAUGCACCACAGGAAACUCUUUAACUCUUCCCUCUUAAGUGUCGGGGAAACUGGCACUGAUAUUACUUCGGGGAUCAAUAAAGUAUUUCUGAUUCUGAAAUUAAUCUAAAAUGACAAUUAAAUUGUGAAGAGUCAAAUACUGAUAUUUCAAAUUGAUUAUAUUAUUAUAAAUUGAUGAUGAAAAUUACAUUUUCCAAGCAACAAAAUAAGCAAACAAUAUUGCAAUAUAAAAUGACAUAAUGUGCAGAGAAUGUUAUCAAUAUCAAUUGAAGGUCUUUUUAUCCUUUGCAACCCUUGCACAGAAAAUCAAGUAAUCAAGCACUCAGUAAGUCUGUUAAUAAUUAACAAGAUUUGACUUUCACGUCUAACACAACAUUGUCUACAGGCUGUGGCCAUUGCAAAUUGCAAGCGUGUGUAUGGGUUAUCAAUCUCGUUUAAUACCUAAGGUAGGUUGCAUCAACAAGGAUUAAAGGAUAGGUUCACGGUUUUUGAACUCUGUCUUAAAACAAUAGUCAGGUGCCCAUAUGAACACUGAAACAGGUUUGGCUCGCUAUAAUUUCAUUCUGUUCAUACUGGCUAUUAAAAGAUCCCUUUCUAAUGCACUUUCAAUGUAACUGAUUGGGGGGUAAAAUUCACAGUCACAGAAGUUAAAAUGAGGCUUCAGCAGUCUGAGAUAAAGAGACAAAUCAAGUGAAUAUCUUCUAAAGCUUUUUUUGUACAAAAUACAAGAAAGUACAAAAAGCCUCACUUCAGAUAAGCUUUGUAAUAUAUUUUUGCAUAGAACAAGGACUGUGGAUUUUUGUCACCCUUCACUUACACUGGAAGAGCAUUAGGAAGGGAUCUUUUAAUAGCCAGUAUGAACAGGAGGAACAAUUACAACAAGCAAAAUCUGUUUCAAUGUCCAUAUUGACACCUGACUAUUGUUUUAAGACAGAUUGUGAACCUGUCUAACUAUUGAACAGGAUUAAAUAGCACAACAUGGACCUCCAAUCAGCCACUUAAAUUUAGUGUAGGCUAUCUACAUACAGUACACUUCGUGACAUUGUUUUUAAUAUAACCUGUUAACAUGACAGUUCAGGUGGAUUUAUUGUCAAAUAUGUCAGCCAUCUGAACUCAUCUCACAACCAGUGUUGCAUGUCCUACUCUUCAUUCUGACGUGGCUUUCUUUGUCUUUUUUUACUUGUGUAGUUUAGUAAAGUAGACAUUUUUGGAAAACAAAAGAUGCCAUCAUAUUAAACCAUUAGUUCAGCUGCCCACAAGUUCUAGACAGGAAAUGAUGGGAUGCCAGAGAAGAGGAGUAAUGAGUGUCUAUCUGGAGCUACUCUCAGCCUCGAUCUUGGAACACUAAUAUUGUUACUGCCACCACAUUACACUGUUGCUUUGACUGUUGUUGGUGGACAUCUGCUGGAUUGCUUGAUAGAACAAAACAGAAGACAUUGCAUUGCAGAAGAGACCACUGUUUUAGAGCUAAAGCCUCCAGAGGGCAGCAGUGAGUGAGAAAUCACUUCCAACAUGUUUGUCUUCUUCAGGAGGGGGAAGAGGUUAGAGGGAGCAACACGGUGUGUGUGAAAAUAGUGUUAGUUAUGACAAAUAAAACCACAUUCCCCACUAUAGUUAACAAUAUUAAUAGAUUUUAAAAGCUAAUAAAGAGUGCGAAAUACA